AUGGUCGUCCGGGGCUACAACCCUGCUCAAUUGUACCAGUCGAUCGUCGCCAAAGUCGCUCCCAACAGACGUCGCAGACUCGAUGUCCUCGGAACAUGCUACCGUGUCAUUCGCAACAGUUACUCCAACAAUCCUCCAGAUGUCGCGCACCGUAAGCUCGAGAAGGAAGUGAGCCGGUAUGGGUCUUCUCUGGAUAUGUCACUCUAUAUCGACGGCUAUCAAGCAGUGGAAAAGAGUCACACGGCCGCCGAGCGAGAAGGAGUACGGGACAGAGCAAUAGAACGCACCACCACAGCCCUGGACACACUCGAGUCCCGUCUGGACAACGGUCUCCGCAUUAGAAAACGCCACUUUGUUGACGUUCGGUCGGGACUGACGUCGUCUUUUUACUGGUCUCGGGAAAGUCGCUUGGGAUUUGCACAGUACAUGCAGAACGCGGGCUGGACUGUCAAAGUUGCCGACACUGAAGCGGACUUGGCCAUUGCGAUCGAUGCGGAGCCAGACGAUAUUGUCAUUUCUAGUGACUCGGAUAUGAUGGCGUACGCCUCCAUCCAAACUCUAUGGCGUCCCGUAUCCGGAGGUCUCAUCCUCGCUUACACCGUUCCAGAUCUUUUAAAAGCUCUUGGUGUCACCCGUUCCCAGUUGACUGCUCUGGCAGUUGUGAGUCGCAACGACUAUAACAGGAACAUUCACUCCCUCGGCCCGGCGACUAAUUUUUCUAUUAUCAAGUCCAUUGACCGUACAGACCCGAAGGACAUCGUGUUGAGUUAUCUAUCUAACAGCAGGGUUGUCUCAAAAAACACCAACAAUCAGGACUUCGCCUUCUCGACCAGAGUCUUUGUGGAUCUCCGACAAACCAGACUUGAAAUCGACGGAUCCCGGCCCGGUUCUCAGAUCCUGUUCCAGCAACUACAGGACCGAUUUCAGGAUUUCUGCACGCGAUAUGACCAAUAUAAACAGAGUCAAACGCGGGGAGUUCAGCCCAAGUCCUCCGACGAUACUAUCGCACGAUUGCGAGUUCCGGGCUCUUUUAAUCGGUAUCGGACUAUCGAAUCCCCAGCACCGGUUUCCAAGGACUCUGAAUCCUUUCCUCAGAGGCCACCCACUGCUAGGAACGUGGCUCAUGACCCCCCACCCAAGGCCAAGCAAUUGGUUUGGAAACCGCCCAAGAAGGCUCCCGAGUCCCCCGACGACACUUCCACCAGCAGCACCAAGGACAGCAAAAAGAAGGAUGCAAAGACUAAGAAGACUCGAGAAAAGCCGUCAUCUAAUGAAGGAUCGAACUCGUACGGGGAGAAGGGCAAGCAAAGUCUCGUGAGGUCUCUCGGCUGGCACCACCCCAUAUCAUCGCUGGAGGUCGGUACUUUGAAGACCAACAUCGAUAGAGUCUUAACGGAUCGGCCUGAUCUACAGCUUGAGGUGAUCAACUGUAUCAGCGAGGGUUCAGAGCUUGCAGUGGAUAUCAAGAGAAAAGCUCAGGGCCUCAUUGGUGGGUUUCUGGAGAAGUUGCGGAAUCGUAUGAAGGCAGCGGAGGAGUUUAAGCGACAGGAACUGAGGAAAUCAGGCAAGACCAUGUCGGAGUCGGAGCGGCUGGAGGCACGGCAGGAUGCGGUGACGAUGGACGAGCGAGAUACUCUGGAUUAUCUGUGUGAGAGGGUUGAGCCCAAAGUCAACAAGUGUGGUGACGACGACGUCGACGACAGUCAAGAGGAUUCAGACGACCUGGAUACAGAAGGGAAGGGUAACAAAUACUUCCAAUUCCUUCUGUCUUUCUUGGCCUACUUGUACUCAAGUAACCUUCCAGACAAGAACUCGAAAAUCGGAAAAGUCGUCAACACCUUCAUCAACAUCCUGGUAGGGCUUCAACUCUUCGACAUCUGUAGAAAUCGAAACGAGCUCAACGAAAGAAUGCCGUUCACGGCGAGCUAUCUGGUGCGGUCCGUCGCUGGACAGCUCUCGGUGGAACUGAAGAAGAUGUAUAAAAAUGGCACCCACCUUUUGUAUGAUCAGGUCAAGACCUUAAAGGAUAAGGGACGACUAGAGGACCAUAUCGAUAUCCGGAUUCAGGAAAACAUCUCGGCCGCGGAAAACUACCUUGCCUUCAACGAGCUCAUACCGAACAGCUGGCGACUCGCUCCCAUCACCUCCUCGCAGCAACCGUUUGUGACAUUCUCGGAGCGAGAGCUGGCUCUUUUCUUUUGGAAGCGACCUUUUACCACCCUCCCGUCUACUAAGGAUCUCGAGGACUGGAUCGGAGGACGAGAGCCUGGGGUUAUCGUCAAGAAGUUCAUCUCCGACACUGAUCCAGUUGGGCUGUCAAACCGUCAAAAGCGCAAGACUGGUCAUCGCGGGGCCAUCAAGCUGCUCUCCUUGAGUCAGAUUCGGGAUCAUUUGGAGUUGGUUGAAGAGACAAAGCCAAAGGACUAUCACCAUAGCGGCUACAUCCCUCAAGGAUCGAUACGGACGGACGGUUUCCUGGUCCAGGUUAUGGCCUUCAAGUUGCGUGAACGACAGGACGCUCGAUUCAAAAGACUGGCCGAGGAGGAUAUACCCUCACGAAUCACUACAACCGUUGCAGGGGUUAACGGUUUCCUUCAAGAAAUUCGGAAUGUGAUCAAGAGCGAGCAGGACAUCAAAGAACUUUGGCCUGGAAAGAACGUGGACAGGAUGGAGAUUCUAACCUUGGAUGGGGGCCAAGCGUGUGUGGUUGGCGCGUUCGCACAUCUACCCAAUGGCUUGGGUGGCAAGGAGAAGGCUGAGGAGGAGUCCAGCAUGGACGGAAUCAUCACCACCAACCAAGAAUCGACCAGCCUCGCCAGCCAAGGGUUAGCGUCCGUGGAUGCAGUGCCCGCGUCAGCCUCCACCAUCACCUCUGCGCAGCCUCCAGUAACGGAUUCGCUCGUGACCAUUCGAGACCUGCCUACUAUAACUUGGCGCGUUAUUGAGUAUGUGACAGAGCUGGAGCAGGUCGAGCAACGGCUGAAAAAGUUCUAUACUGGAGACGACCAUCGGUAUCAAAGACGUCGUUGGGAUAUGGCACGGGCCCGACAAGCAGAGUAUCAAACGAUCGCGGAGAGACUGCUUGGGAUUGUUGGUGGUAGUCUAGGUCGGCGUGUGGAAGAUAACAAGGACACCGACCCUAUCCUAAUUGGCGUUGGUCUUGGACAGUUCGCAAGCAAGUCUAGGCUCUCGUCCCUACACUCGACCUUCCUAUCGUACUUCAUUCAGAAGGCACGCUCGUUGGGCUAUGUGGUUGUUGGCCUGAACGAGUUUUAUACCUCCAAGAAGUGUCCGAGGUGCACUCACUUUGUCGCACAGGUGACCUUACGGACCUUGUACUGCUUCCACUGCCAGAUAUACCACCACAAAGAUGUCAUGGCAGCCGAAAACAUGUCCAAGAUCGCUCUAAGACACCUGGUGAGGCAGGAGAGACCCGAUUACCUCCAGCCUAUCAACGCAGAUGGAUCGUACCCUUGGAAGGCUAGGUCGGGCGAGGGAUCCAGUACAAGUUCGAGCAGUAUGGCCACCGGCAGCACCCCCACCGAUCGAGUCCCAGGACGUCGCAAGAGGGCCAUUACCGCUUCCAGUCAGGAUCAGGGCAGGAAAGGCAAAUCGGCCCGAGCUUAG